AUGGGAGUAUUACAAAUAGUUCCUUGGUCAUUGCUUGCUUUACCUGCUUUAGGCAAAGGUAGCGAUAAUGGUUUUGUUGAGUACCAAAAUGCGAUCAUAAGCCGGUUUGCACAGCAACCAGUCGUUUGGAAACGCCAUGGGAAACCUUUCCAGUAUCCGUUGACAUUUCCGAUCACAUUUUGCGCUUUCGAUGAGACUCUGUGCUUUGGGCCUCAUAUGACGCAAUCAGAUCUGCCAAAUAUUGCAUAUCUUCAUGUUUAUGUCAUAGAUUCAGCAGUAAUGGAUGAGUAUCGCACAUCUGUUCGACAUAACGUGUCAGAGUGGUUCGCUAAGGUAAGCAGUAAAAGUGAUGUACAAUGGCUAAUUAUCGUUGACUCCACACGAGCAAAAGAGAAGAAAAAUCGGCCAUCUCUAUUGGAGAAAUUACGGCAUGACUUCAGCAAACAUACUUCGAAAUUGUUUUGGAGCUUAGGAGCAUACGAACAUGCCCUGGCGUUAUACGAUGAACUUGACCAGUACCUCUUUGAAAUUGUAGAGGAAAUGGCUGUCAUAGAAGGUGGGUUACUAUCAAUGUGUAUAAGAAAUUGGGCAUCACCAGUUUAA